CCAAGAUCUGCCGGUGCCCCUCACUCCCGACCUGCAGCCCCUGCCCCCCACCCAGAUCUCCUGACCCACAGCCCCCAGCUCUGUUGAAUUCUCUGCUGAGCCCUGGAAGCUCAUCACACUGGACGCUGGUUUCUCUGCCCCCUUUGCUCACCCCUUGUGCCCCCCCCCCCACCUGCUCACGGUGGAUUUUAUGACAUCUCAGUGCUUGGAGGGGGAGGGGCUCUAGGGUGUCUCCCUCCAUAGCUGAGCCCCGUGUCCCUCCAGGUGCCCCCCGAUGGGGUAGCUGGGUGGGGGCCCAUGGGCAGUGCCCCCCGCAGGAGGCGGCGUGAGUGGGCAACAUGCCCAGCAUCCUGGGGCUCCUGCUGACCUGGCUGGGGGGCUAUGGCUGCGCCGGAUGCCUGGGUCCCCGGCCGGGCUCCCGGGGGGCCCCAACCCAGGGCUGGGAGCGCCCCCUGCUGAGAUCUCGACGUAGCUGGGUCUGGAACCAAUUCUUCGUCAUCGAGGAGUAUGCCGGCCCCGAGCCUGUCCUCAUCGGCAGACUGCACUCGGACGUGGACCGGGGCGAGGGGCAGAUCAAGUAUGUGCUCACGGGCGAAGGGGCCGGGACGGUGUUUGUGAUCGACGAGCGGACGGGGAACGUGCUCGUGACCAAGACCCUGGACCGGGAGGAGAAGGCCCAAUACACGCUGCUGGCCCAGGCCGUGGACCAGGCCUCAAACCGGCCCCUGGAGCCGCCCUCCGAGUUCAUCAUCAAAGUGCAGGACGUCAACGACCACCCGCCCGUCUGCCCGCGCGGCCCCUACCAUGCCACUGCGCCCGAGAUGAGCAGCGUGGGGACAUCCGUGAUCCAGGUGACGGCCCAGGACGCCCAUGACCCGAGCUCUGGGAAUAGCUCCAAGCUGGUGCACAUGGUGCUGGAGGGGCCCCUCCUCCUCCAUCGCCCCCCGACCGGCGUGGUGUGCACCGCGAUCCCCAACAUGGACCGGGAGGCACAGGCCGAGCUGCUGGUGGUGAUCCAGGCCAAGGACAUGGGGGGCCAGGCCGGGGGGCUGUUGGGGAGUGUCACUGUCACCCUGAGCGACGUCAAUGACAACCCACCCAAGUUCCCCCAGAGUGAGAGACCCUCUGGGGUGCUGGCUUUGGGGGGCUCCCCCGUGGGGCGGCUCCGGGCCCACGAUCCGGACGAGGGCAACGCGAGGCUCCAGUACCGGCUGCUGGACGGGGAUGGGCCCUUCGCCAUCAGCACCGACCCGCUGGGCCGGGCCGGCCUCCUCACCCUCAGCCAGCCGCUGGACUUCGAGCAGCGCCCAGCAUACACCCUGCGGGUGGAGGCGGCCAACACACAGGUUGACCCACUGUACAUCCGCCAGGGGCCCUUCAAGGACGUGGCCGCCGUGGAGGACACAGCCGAGCCCCCAGCCUUCGCCUGGCCCAGCUACCAGCUGGGUGUGCCCGAGGAGCCCCCCGGCACCGUGGUGGGGAAGAUCACAGCCUCCAACCUGGACAUGCCCAGCAGCGCCAUCCGAUACUCCAUCCUGCCCCACUCAGACCCCGGGCGGUAUUUCAGCAUCAGCCCCCAGGACGGGACCCUCCGCACGGCCCUGCCCCUCGACAGGGAGACGCUGGCCUGGCACAACAUAACUGUGGUGGCCACUGAACUAGACAGCCCGGCGCGGGCUGCGCCCGUCCCUCUGGCUGUGCACGCCCUGGACGUGAAUGACAACGUGCCCCAGCUGGCACCAGGGACUGAGCCCUUCAUCUGUCACGGCACAGCGCCAGGCCAGCUGAUCCAGACCAUCUGGGCGCGGGACCGGGACGACGGUGGGGCCGGGAGUCGGGUGACAAUUCGCUCCCCCCCGGGGCUGGGGCCCCCCAACAUCACUGUGCGGGACAACGAGGGUCUGCUAACUGUCCCCCCCUCUGUCCCCCCACGCUGUCCUCUGUCCCCGGCCUUCCCAAAGUCCCCCCACUUCCCCACUCCUCCCCUGGCCCCCCACACUGUCCCCUUCCCCUCUGCUCACCACCCCUCCCCCAACCCCCUCACUUACUCUCUGCGUCUCCCCCCAGAUGGUUCAGCCGCUCUCCUGCUCCAGGCCCUGUGGCUGCCCCCCCCAGGUGGGCCCCCCCUGCUGGUGCCCCUGGAGCUGGUGGAUGGGGGACGUCCCGCCCUGACGGGCACCCCCACCCUGACGCUGAGCAUCUGCCAGUGCCGGCCCGAUGGCAGCCUGCGCUCCUGCCAGCCCCCCCCCCGCUGCCCGUGCCCCCCCGGGCUCAGCACUGCUGCCCUGCUGGCCAUCCUGGGCUGCGGCACCAGCCUGCUCGCGCUGGCAGGGCUCCUGGCCUGGGGGCGCCCCAAGGGGGGCGCGGGCAGCGCCGGCGGAGAGGGCAAGGUGUGCGAAAACAUCAUCAGCUACGGGGGGGGCGAGGCCGACACCCAGGCCUUCGACAUGGCUGCCCUGCAGCGUCCACCCGCCCCCGGACUCCUCCCUGGCCCCCCCGCCUGCCUCGCCGCCCGCCUGGGACGGGCCAACGCCGACCCCCGGGCCCCCCCCGACUCGCUGCAGGUCUACGGCUACGACGGGGGGGGAACGCCCUGCGGCAGCCUCAGCCCCCUGGGCUCCUCCUGGGGCAGCGAGGGGGAGGGGGGCAACCCUGGUGAGUGGGGGCCCCUCUUUUGCACUGUGGCCGAGCUCUAUGGGGGCCAAGAGGGGCCCGCCUGAGGCCACGCCCACCUCCCAGCCACUCCUGAGAGGCCACGCCCCUCCCUCUGGGUCAUGCCAGCAUGGCCACGCCCACCUCCAGCCAUGCCCGGGGCAUGCCACUUGACCACGCCCACUUCCUGACCACACCUGCAAGGCCACGCCCCCCUCCCUGUAGGUCAUACCAGCAAGGCCAUGCCCACCUCCUGGCCACACCAGUGAGGCCACGCCCACCGCCAGGCCAUGCCAUGGCCACUCCUGCAGGCCCACAACACUCUCCUAGCCACGCCCCCAAGCAGGCCACUCCCACUUCCAGCCACACCCCCUUCUCAGCCCCCAAGGCAUGGCCAGGGCCAUGGGGGAGUGGCUACAUCUGGCCAUGGCACCCACCCCUCCCCUGCUCCGCCCUGCCCCCUCUCAGUGCUUCGGCCCCAUGGCCUCCCCCGCCCCAGCUCGGCCUUUGUCCUGUGUUCGCCCCCAUGGCCAUUCGCCCACUGUGACUGACCGUGACCCCCCGCCCCCGAUUAAUGCCUUAUCCAGCCCCCCCAUCAGGCUGAGACCCCCACCGUCGCAUCCUGCCGCCGCCCCCAGCCAGGAGAGCCCCAAGAAAUCCCAGGGGAUGAGGGCGUGGGCUGGACCCCACAGAUCUAGGAACUUCCCUGAUCCACCAGACCCCUGCCCCCCCCCAAGCCACCAGACCCCUUGACCACCCUUGGAUUCUGCUCUGGGACUUUUAAUCCCACUGGAUACUGCGGGGGGGGGGUGCCAUUGUGUAGGGUGGGAGGGACGUACGAUUGUGUUCGAGAAGAGGGGGAAGUGUCCAUGUUAUAAUUUCGUAAUAAACACUUUAUUUU